AUGGGGAGCAGUGCGUGGAGCUGCGGGGCCGUGAUGCUGCUCAGCAUCUUCUGCUGCUGCCGCGCCGCCACGCUGGAGUCCAUCCACUGGAGCGGCUCCAACGCAAAAUUUAUUGCAGGUCAGGGUCUGGUCCUGUAUCCUCAGAUAGGGGACAAGAUGGACAUUGUGUGUCCCCGGGCAGACGCUUCCCCGGGGGGGCAGGAGGAGUUCUACAGGGUGUACCUGGUCUCCCGCAGUCAGAUCGAGAGCUGCACCAUCGACAAGACGGACACGCCCCUGCUGAACUGUGACAAGCCUCACCGGGACGUCAAGUUCACGUUCAAGUUCCAGGAGUUCAGCCCCAACCUGUGGGGUUUGGAGUUCCUCAGGGGGAGGGACUAUUAUAUCACCUCCACCUCGACAGGAGCUCUUCAAGGUCUGGAUAACACUAAUGGAGGAGUGUGUAGGACCAAAUCCAUGAAGCUGAUGCUGAGAGUCGGCCAGAGCUCCUCAGAUCCACCUUCAAUACUCCAGGAGUCGCCCACCAGAUUCCCGCCUUCACGACCGAAACCCAAGGCCAAGGACGAGUCUGCCAAGGAACGCGACACAAAAAGCAAAACUGACGCAGACCAGGAGAAAGGACAAACGAACCCCGGUGGCGGCGGUGACUCGGAGACACAGCUGUUCGUGUGGGUUUUUUCAGGCUGCGUGAUCGUCUUUCUGGUCGUCAUCAUUCUGCUGGUGCUGCUGUGGAGGCGCCGUCACCGCCACUGCCUCCCAGAGAGCCAGCAGUCCGCCUCCGUGUCCCUCAACACCUUGGCCCUGCCGAAGCGGGACAGCAUCGGCAGCGACAACAACGACUCGGACCGCAGUGACGUGGUCUUCCCCAUGCGGCCUUCUGACAGCAUGAUCUGCCGUCACUAUGAGCGUGUGAGCGGCGACUACGGUGCACCUGUCUACAUCGUUCAGGAGAUCACACCUCAGACUCCAACCAACCUCUACUACAAAGUCUAA